GGUCCAAAAGAAGGAAGUCCUUUUAUAAAAAGGAUAUGCUGUCAUCGUAUCUCUUACACUACGCAGAAAUCCCUUCAUAUAGCUCCAUUCCAAAUUUCCAAAUAUCUGAAGAGACUGGGAAGGAUGUGGAAGAAGAAAAGUGGCCCCUGCAACAUAUUUUUUUUAUAAAAUUUUUUUUUCUUUUUUCUUAUUUUUUUAUAAUAUUUUUUUUUGAGCUCCCGGCCUCACGCAGAAGUGCAUCCAAGAAAGAGGGAUCCUCGGGAGCUGGCCCUGAAGCGCUCGAGAGUGGCAAUGACGUUAUUGUCCCGACGAGGGAUGUUUCGCCGAUCGGUGAGUCGAUUUUUAAUUAACC